GCUGCCAGUGCUCCCAUGCAGCUCACACCGCCCAGCCCACGGUGGCCACCGGGGCGGCUCCGGGGCGGCUCCGGGGCGGCUCCGGGGCGGCUCCGGGGCGGCUCCGGGGCGGCUCCGGGGCGGCUCCGGGGCGGCUCCGGGGCGGCUCCGGGGCGGCUCCGGGGCGGCUCCGGGGCGGCUCCGGGGCGGCUCCGGGGCGGCUCCGGGGCGGCUCCGGGGCGGCUCCGGGGCGGUCCCAGCGCAGCAGCCCCGCCCCGCCCCGCCCCGCCCCGGCGUUCCCGGCGUGCCCCGCGCGCGAUGGCGGCGCCCGCGCUGUGCCGGCGCUGCGGGCGGGCGGCGGGGCUGUGGGGCCUGCGCCGGGCCCCGCUCCCGCCGCCGCCGCCGCCCCGCCGCCGGGCCCACGAGCAGGCGCGGCGGGCGCGGGGCGCGGCGGGGCUGCUGGCGGCGCAGUGCGAGCGCGGGCUGUUCCAGGAGGUGUUCCCGGCGCAGAGCGCGGAGGAGCAGCUGCCGGCGCUGCUGGAGCCGGGCCGGCCGCCGCUGGCCGCCUACUGCGGGUUCGACCCCACGGCGGACUCGCUGCACGUGGGGCACCUGCUGCCCGUCAUGGCGCUGCUGCACUUCCAGCGCGCGGGCCACGACGUCAUCGCCGUGGUGGGCGGGGCCACGGCGCGGCUCGGGGACCCCAGCGGGCGCGAGCGCGCGCGGGAGCCGCAGCCGGCGGGGCGGGUGCGCGCGCAGGCGCGGGCGCUGCGCGCGGGGCUGGAGCGGCUGUUCGCGAACCACCGCGAGCUGUUCUGGGAGCCGCGGGCCGGGCGGCUCGGCCGCGCCGCGCUGCUCGACAACGCCCGCUGGCUCGGCCGGGAGCCGCUGCUCCGCUUCCUGGGCGGCGCGGGCGGGCGCCUCCGCAUGGGCACGCUGCUGAGCCGGCAGAGCUGCCAGGCGCGGCUGCGCAGCGCCGAGGGCAUGAGCCUGGCCGAGUUCCUGUACCCUGCGCUGCAGGCCUACGACUUCCUGCACCUGCACCGGCACCACGGCUGCCGCAUCCAGCUGGGGGGCCACGACCAGAUGGGAAACAUCAUGUCCGGAUACGAGCUCGUCACCAAGAUGACAGGAACAGAUGUGUUUGGAAUUACUGUACCUCUUAUUACCAGUACUACUGGCGAUAAAUUGGGAAAGACUGCUGGAAAUGCAGUUUGGCUGAACAGGGAUAAGACUUCUCCAUUUGAGCUGUAUCAGUUUUUUGUCAGACAGCAAGAUAAUGUGGUUGAAAAAUACCUGAAACUAUUCACCUUCCUUCCUCUUGAGGAGAUUGCCCACAUCAUGGAAAUGCAUGCUAAAGAACCUGAGAAAUGGGGCCCUCAGAAACGACUGGCUGCAGAAGUAACUAAGCUUGUCCACGGUAGAGAGGGGCUGGAAUCUGCUAAGAGGUGCACUAAGGCCCUUUAUCACAGCAGUGUGGAGGCACUGGAAGAAAUGUCUGACCAAGAGUUACAGGAACUUUUCAGACAAGCUACUUCUGCUGAAUUGAUGCUUGAACCUGGGAUGACUGUUCUUGACUUGUGCCGCAAAGCAAAUGCCAUUCCAGAUGGACCUAGUGGGUACCGGAAGAUUACAGAUGGAGGAGUUUCAAUAAAUGGGAACCGUGUAACUAAUCCUGAGACUGUUCUUAUUCUCGGACAGCAUAUUCUGAAGAACGGAGUAUCAUUACUUAGGGUUGGAAAGAAAAAUUAUUACAUUAUAAAAUGGCUGCAGUUGUGACAACAGAGUAUUGCCCUAAAAGGACAGGUCUCUCACUCUGCUGCAUCAGGAUGUACUUGAGGAUGUUUCUGUACUGUGCAUUACUACACAGCUCACAGACUGCCCAAUAUCAGUUCCUUUUCAAAGGAAAGAGUUCAACAGAGUUCAAAUAAAGGAGCUGAGUGGCACCACUGAAGAGAUUGUAGAUACUCUGCCUUACUCAAAGCACCAUUCUUAAGGAUCUGCAUAAGAAGAAAAGGAAACGAUUCAUUUCAAAGUCCAGCAGUUGGAGAGCAGUUCCCCUGCUUUAACAGCCUUCUGUGUUGUAGGAGAGCAGUGGCCAGUUAUUCCACAGGAUAACCCACAGGAAAAAUGAGCCAAAGCAAACUCAAAUCCACUCCUUGAAGUCAGUGUGUGCUCUUGUAACCAAGAAACCUUGCUGGGGGCAAAGAUAACCAUGGUCAUGUUUCUCUGAACAGGUUUGCUUCGAAAGAAGCUGCAGAAAAUUCAUAAUAAAGGACUAAAUGAUUAA